UGUGUGUGCUCAGUUUCAACACAGGCCCAUCCCAACACGUCUGGCCCUGCAGCUGCAGCAGAGCUAAUUUUAGCCCCGGAUGUGCGUACGCCUCAGUUCCCCUCGCCUGGCCUAUGAGAGAUGAAGAUUGGAUGGGGGGGGGGAAAAUGUUGCAAAUCUUUCACUCUCCUCUAUUCUUAGCACCCAUCCCUUUCUUUCUGUCUGUAUGAUUACCUGUAGUGUGUAUUUUCCAUGAAUGUCCACGUUUCCUAGGGGCAGAACUAUUGAUUUGCACAGGAUCACAUAGACUGAAUUCACUGUCACCUGCAGGCAGCCAGCUCCUCUGUGAGUGGCUCGUCCUUGUUACGAAAGAGAGAGGCACGGAAUGGAGAUAACAGCCGACCGGUUCACUGUGGGCAGAUGAGCGUCGGUGAUUGACAGAUGUGUGACGCUGUGGGGAACCAUUCGCUUCUCCCAGUGGAGAUCUGAGUUCUGGGACACUGAGGCAGCCGGGGGGGGGGUCUCUGAGGAAGAUGCUGGGUCCAGAGCGCGGUGUUGUCGAAGAAUGGCUCUCAGAAUUCAAGUCCCUACCAGAAAACCGCAUCCCCAGCUACGCCGGCAGCCUUCAUCUGAAGAAGUCCCUGGUGUUGGCCCUCUACAGAGUCAUCCAGGACCCCAACAAUGAGCUGAUGGAGCCGGUGUGCCACCAGCUGUUCGAGCUGUACCGGAGCUCUGAGGACCGCCUGCGCCGCUUCACCCUGCAGUUCCUCCCCGAGCUGGUGUGGGUCUAUCUGCGCAUCACGGCGAGCCGGGACCGCCAGAGCAACGGCUGCAUCGAGGCCCUCCUCCUGGGCAUUUAUAACCUGGAGAUCGUUGACAAAGAGGGCAACAGCAGGCUCCUCUCCUUCACAAUCCCAUCUCUGUCCAAACCAUCGAUUUACCAUGAGCCUUCUAGCCUGGGGUCCAUGGCAUUAACAGAGGGGGCCCUCUGUCAACAUGAUCUGAUCCGAGUGGUGUACAGCGGCCUCCACCCGCAGAGAGAGACCUUCACCGCUCAGAACAGGUUUGAAGUGCUGUGUUUCCUCAUGCUCUGCUACAACUCUGCUGUGGUGUACAUGCCUCUGUCCUCCUACCAGUCUGUCUGCAGAAUGAGCUCACGGCUGUGUGUGUGUGGGUUUCCCCGGCAACAGAAGAAGCUUUGGAGGGAACCGUGCAACCGUGUGCUGCUCGACCCGGAGUUCAUGGUGCAGAUGCUGACCGCCGUUUAUCACGCCAUAUAUAAUGGAGAGUGGGAGAUGGGCCGGGAAGCUCUGGAGGACGUUCUCUACCGAGCCCAGCUGGAGCUUUACUCCCAGCCUCUGUUGCUGGCGAACGCCAUGAAGAACUCGCUGCCAGACAGCGCUCCCGAUGAGCCACGGGGGCGCAAGGUGCUCCAGGUGGAGGUGACACCCACCAUCAACCGCAUCUCCAUGUCAGCCAUCACCACCGCCUCCAUACGACGCCACCGCUGGAAGAGAGAGGAUUGUUUUGACGACUCAACCGCUGCAGAGUUGAGCCACAUCGUCAAUCCUCCUAGCUACAACAAGCACCACCACCGGCAUCAGCAUCAGCACACUCCCCGGGACCCCGCAACCAAAGAGGAGAGAGAAGGGCGGCCUCACAGCCACCACAGCAACAGCAGCAGCAGCGGCAUCAUUCCCCCCAUCACAUUUGAGGAUGCUGAUGGAUUGAGCGGCGGGGAAGAUUCCUUCAAUGUCAACGACCCAGACGAGGGUUUCUCCUCCGGAGCGUCCAACAGCAGCCAGCCCAGCGGCACCAAGGCGGGCGUCGGGCAGAGGGGGGGCAGCCUGAACAGCAGCAGCAGCAGCAGCAUCAAGAAAGCCAUCACGGCCCGGCUGUCCCGGGACAAGGAGAGGGAGCGUGAGAAGGAACGGGAGAAGGAGCGUGAGAAGGAACGGGAGAGGGAGCGAGAGAGGGAGGCAGAGAGGGAGCGAGAGAGGGAGGCAGAAAAACAGGCAGAGUUGUCAGCGGAUCACCAGGCUGCCGUGCUGAGGCACGAACAGAGGCAGCCGUCGCCCCCAGCCAGCAUCCAAUUGGAUGCCAUCCAGCUGAGCCCCAGAAAGAAACACCUGAGCUUCCCAGCAGGGCCCACGCUGGUUCGGACUGGCAGCACCUCCUCCAGCAAGUCCUUUGACUGCAUGAAUUUCAACCUGAACGGAGGCGAUGACGAGCGAGAGGAGGCGGCGGGGGGUUCUGACAGAGAGCGAGGGCUUCCAGAGGGCGGCGCCCACCGCCACUCCACCAUCAGCCUGAAGGAGGAGCACCUCGUCAGGCCAGAGGACGCCCAGGACCUCCUGUCCACUGGAGCUCCUCUCACCAAGCAGUCCCGCUCCCCCAGUUUCAACAUGCAGAUCAUAUCACAGGUCUAACAUGUAGUGCAGGGCAUGGUAUGCGCGCGCGCGCACACACACACACACACACACACACACACACACCACACACACACACACACACACACACACACACAC